AUGGAACAAGAAUUAGUAAGUCUCACAAAAGACAACCCAGAGUUAGGCACUUUGGAGCGUCGAAUCUCAACUUUUGUCUCAAAGCACCAUGGCAUGGAUAAGCUUUGUUUUGCUUGGCUCUACUGUACAUAUAACGGAGACUAUGACCUUCUGAAACGAACAAUUAAAUUUUAUCAUAAAACAGGAAUAAAGACAUUUUUUGGAUUAUUCGGACCGAAAGUUGUAUAUGGCUCUUUAUAUUAUCCUUCAGAUGAUGCUGGGCUAAAGCUUAUAAUAGAAAUUGUUCCUCGCGAUCUUAUUAUUUCAGCCCUCAGAGCUGGUCAAUAUUACGUUUUAAAGCUAUUUAUGAUGAAUAUGGCGUUGGAUGUGAGUGAAAAUAAAUUGACAGAUGAUAAAAUUUAUUGGAAUUUUAGAAAGUUAGAACUUUUAAUCAACUUGAGGCCGGAGGAAGUUGUGGUAGCGAUUAAGGCUGGCAUUGAGCAAAAGGCAAUAAGUGAAACGGUCAAGGAGAAAAUAGUAACCUCUUUGAAGCUUCAUAUUGAAAGUGAAUAA